AUGAUGAACAGCAUUGAGGUGAGGAACGCAAAAAUUUGUUAUGGGAAGGGCGAAAGCAGAAAAAGUAUUUUGAAUGGAUUGAACAUGAAUGUCAAGCCAGGUUCGAUCUACAGUUUAAUUGGAGCUUCUGGUUGUGGUAAGACGACACUCUUGUCAUGUAUACUUGGCAUGAAACAGCUCGAAUGUGGCAGUAUACGUGUCUUGGGUCAUACAGUAAAAUUUGAGAGGCCACCAAAAGUCGCUCAUUUAAUUGGAUACAUGCCACAAAAUACAGCAUUAAUUCCAGAAUUAACGAUCCGUGAGACUUUAUACUAUUUUGGAAACAUUUUUCAAAUGAAGGAAAAAGUUCUUAAGCAGCGCUAUGAAAUGAUAAAAGAUUUGUUGGAACUGCCAUUUGAAAAUCGUAGAAUCGAGCAUCUCUCUGGUGGUCAAAAGAGACGAGUCUCAAUUGCUGCCUCAAUUAUUCACAAUCCAUUAAUUUUAAUCCUCGAUGAGCCGACCGUUGGACUUGAUUCAUUGUUGCGCGAAAAGAUUUGGAAUUUUCUGAUGAACGCUACAAGAACCAGUAAGCUGUCAGUCAUCAUUACAACGCAUUAUAUAUCCGAAGCAGAACAGGCUAAUAGAUGUGGAUUGAUGAGAGAUGGAGUCUUGCUAGCUGAAGAUUCUCCUAAAAAUAUUAUGACACGAUUUGAAGCUACAAAUUUAGAUGAAGCAUUCUUGAACUUGUGUCUGCUGAAAAAAUCAAUUCCUGAAACUCAAACUCUAGAUUCCGAUUGUUUAUGUUUAAGUGUUGACAAUAAUGAUGAAAUUGUAGUUACUGAUGGAACCGUCGAGUCUUUUGAGAAACGUAAAAAAUUCAGUUCACAAACUGUUGGAGCAAUACUGACAAAGGAGUUCAUUCGUUUAAGGCGACAAGCUGCGGAAGUUUUCUUCAUUUUAAUACUUCCAGUUUUACAAACGCUGGCAUUUGUCUAUGGAAUUGGAAGUUAUCCAACUGGCCAGAAAAUAGGCAUUAUUAAUCAUGAGAUAUCGGACUUUACAAGCUGCUCUCCAGCCUUAUUACAAAACGCAUCGUACUUGAAUUUAAAUGAUACAUGUGUCUACAAUGAUAAAGCUUCAUGCCAUCUGCUGAACGAAAUACAUGAUAAAGACAUCAAGAAAUUGUUUUAUGGCUCAUACGAGGAUGCCUUAAAGGACGCAAAAAGAGGGAAACUGACUGGAAUUCUUGAAUUUUCUGAAAAUUUUACAGAUGUAAUAAUGAAUCCACGUGAUGACGAGACAUCAACUGUAAGGGAAGGAAUAGCAAUUCAUUUGGAUCAGUCUCAAUUCCAAACGACUACAUUCGUGCAGUAUCGCUUGCUUAAUGCUUAUCAAAAGUUUAACAAGAAACUACAUAAAGGAUGCAAUGAAAAUGAGAAAGUUGGGGAACUUCCGAUGAAUUUUAAUGAAUCUAUGUUUGGGACAUUAGAUGAUGAUUUUAAGAAGACAAUGUUUGCGCCUUUGAUGAUGCAGGCUUUGAUAUUCCCAGCUAUGGGAUUCUCAUGCUUCAGUAUAGCACAGAGCCGAAUUGAUGGAGUUUGGAAUCGAACACUUCUUGCUGGAGUUAAAUCUGCAGAAAUUCUUAUCACUCAACUUCUGUUGUCAAUUAUUGUAGUGACAAUAUCAUUCAUAGAAAUAGUUGGUGUGGUACUUCUUACACUUGACGUUGUCGUGCUUGGAAAUUUAUUUUUAUUAAUUUUCUUCGGAAUUUUAUUGUGUCUUACUGGCUCAAUAUUCGGAAUUGCUGUAUCAGCCACGAGUGAUGAUAUCAAAAUUUUGACAAUUAUACUUUUUGCUGUAAUUCAGUUUUUCUCGACCAUAAAUGGAGCAUUUUGGCCAAUUGAAGGACAGCCACUUCUCUUACGAUACAUGUCGUAUGGUUCACCAACUACACUUCCAUCAAUAUCAGCGAGAAACAUCAUGAUGAGAGGAUUUGGUAUAACGGAGCCAUCAGUCUACAUAGGAAUAAUCAUUUUACUUACAUGGAUGGUUGUAUCCACUUUAUUUGCGCUUUAUGUCAUGAAGAAACGAAAAUUCUCAGACACAUUAAAAUAA